AUGGCGAACGGCGGCCAGAAAGUUGUGCUGAUCACCGGCUGCUCCUCCGGCAUCGGCCUGAGAAUCGCCGUCACGUUGGCCGCAGAUGAGAAGAAGCGUUACCAUGUAAUUGCGACAAUGCGGGACCUGAAGAAGAACAACAAACUGGUGGAAGCGGCGGGAGACACGUACGGGAAGAAUUUGGUGUUGCUGCCCCUUGACGUGUGCAGUGACGAAUCAGUUAAGCAGUGCAUCAACAGUGUGAAGGACCGCCAUAUUGAUAUCUUGAUUAACAAUGCAGGCGUGGGUUUGCUGGGCCCCUUGGAGAGCAUCAGCAUAGAUGAGAUGAAGCGAGUGUUCGAGACCAACUUCUUUGGCGUCGUGCGCAUGAUCAAAGAAGUUAUGCCGGACAUGAAGAAGAGGAGGUCCGGACACAUUGUAGUCAUGAGCAGUGUUAUGGGUCUUCAAGGAGUUGUUUUCAAUGAUGUCUACACUGCUUCCAAGUUUGCCAUGGAGGGCUUUUGCGAGAGCAUGGCUGUGCAGCUGUUGAAGUUCAAUGUCAGGUUGUCGAUGAUCGAGCCCGGCCCGGUGCACACAGAGUUCGAGACGAAGAUGAUGGAAGAUGUGGCCAAGAUGGAGUACCCGGGAGUGGACGCUGACACAGUCCGAUACUUUAAAGAUGUUUACCUGCCAUCUUCUAUAGAUAUUUUCGAAGCCAUGGGUCAGACGCCGGAGGAUAUAGCCAAAUGCACUAAGAAGGUGAUCGAGUCAAACAGCCCCCGCUUCAGGAACCUAACCAACAGCUUGUACACGCCCAUCGUGGCCUUGAAGUACGCCGACGAGACCGGCGGCCUGUCCGUCAACACCUUCUACAACCUGCUCUUUAAUUUGGGACCUCUCAUGCACUUCACCAUGAGCAUCCUCAAGUGCCUGACGUGCAGCUGCCUGCGCAGACGCACAGUUUCACCUAAUUGA